AUGGGGAUUAACCUGUUCAACAGCAUGAGCCAGCGCGACGAGCAGGGCAAGACGAGACAGGCGGAGUGCGUUUCCAUGGCGAUGACGAUGGCCGCGGAGUCGGCUGGGAAGUUCGGCGCCCCCUGGGCCGGGAUGCACCUUUUAGGCCACUUUAUGCACCCGGGCUUUCGCAACGUGUCGGCGUCGGUCAAGACCGCGACGGCGAUCAUGCCGGUCAUGGCCGUCUUCUUCUUCAAGGCCGAGAUAUGGACGUUCGACUGCGCCCACAAGCGCGGGCGGUUCGAGUACCUCCUGACUGAGCAGGAGCGGGUACAGCGCGGGCUGCCGCCGCAAGUUGAAGCAUCCAAGUAA